AUGUACGGCAACGAAACCUCGCGUGAUUCUGUUGAUUUGUCAUUCUCGCAGAUUCUGGAAGUACGCAGUACUUUACACCAACAGCGUCGUUAUCGCAAGCCUUUAGUAGCUAAUGGUCGUCUUCAAAACUCAACUCAACAAUCUCGACGAUUUCCAACAGGUACAUCACCACAGUUUGAAGAGAGUGAGGACGAUGGACCACCCGCUUAUGGUAGUGGAAUGCUGGACUCAGUUUAUGAAGGAAGUGAAGAUAUACUAGAAAAUAUUGAUGAAGAGACACGAACAGGUAGCUCAAAUUGUAUCGACAAUAGUGUUGAGGAUGACGAGUGGACGAAUGGGGAUGAUGGACAGCUAGGGCAAGACAUGUACAGGUUCGUACAGCCACGGAGACUCUCGUCGUGGGUACAAGAUGACGCUGUGUUUGCGUGCUUUAAGUGCCACACUGUCUUCUCACUUCUGAUCCGCAAACAUCAUUGUCGUGCGUGCGGGCGUAUCUUUUGCUCUGCCUGUUCAAGUCAACGUGUGGUCAUUCCAGGCGAUUACGAGGCGACACCUGUGUCCCCAGCGUAUAACUCGCUUACAACAAAUGCUAGUGAUCUCAUUGGAAAUAUUAGCUGGUAUUUGACGUCCUAUUCGAAUCCGAAUGACGUCACAGGUCUAGAAGUAUGUAGCAGCUUGCCGAUUCGACGCUCGCAAACGCUGUUGGACCCAGAAACGAUAAAGCCAGAGGAACAUCAGGAAAAUUUCUUAAAGGAAAUUCAAAGAUUGCAGGAGAACAAUGUUAUCUCGAAGUUUACACCAAAUCGGUCGACAAUAGGUAGCACUUCGACGUCGCUCUCCAGUAGUGUAGUAUCAUCAGGUCCAGGUUCGCAUGGAUCCGUGCAUGUACCUGAUGGAAGUGUCAUGCAGCGUGUUUGUGAUGACUGUGCGAGUGCACUUCAGCAACGGCGACAUCACUACAAUACAGUUAAAGUAUUUGAACUGUGCGAGUUUGAUUUAGAAGAGCUACGAACACUAGGGCAGGUGUGCCGCAAAUGGCAUCGCGCGACAAUUAUGUGCUUGUCAAUGUUUCGCCAAAUUCAGUAUUACUUACCUACUCAUCGUCUCUCAGAGCGAGAAAAGAAAAUGCUGAUUAUCAAUCGAAAAUUCCUGGGUGGGCACACUAAAUGGCUUUUGCAGCUUGUUAAAGCCAUUGAUUUUUCAAACGAGAAUGAGACCGAACAUUUUGUGACCAAUAUGACAGAAAGUGAAGUUGAAAGUCCAGAAUCGGUUUGGCGUCGGCGUGAAAAGAAUACAAAAUUGAUAGACGAAGUGCUGGGGUUGUUGCAGCAGGAGCGUAAGCAUAAAUGUAUGUUGACGAUGUGUUCACGUCUCUGCAAGCCUCAACUUGGCAGUGUCGACGCUCUUGAGAUAUUGGCUGAUGAAACAAUCUACAAUCAUCGUCUGCGUGCCUUGGCAGUGGAUGCGCUUUUAAAGACUGCUACGGAAAAUGAGUGGUGGAGCUAUCUUCACGUACUGCUCCAUAGUCUUAGCAUCGAGACGAAUGCUACAGGGAGCAAGCUUGGACAAUCAUUAAUCCGCCAAGCACAGUGCGAUAUUCGUUUUUGCUAUGAUUUGUAUUGGGGGCUGACCGUCAUGGCGGAGGACCCGAGUUGUCGACGCAAAUUUGAUGGAAUGAAACAGCGGCUUUUACUCACACUAGCGCAGUUCAAAGACAAGUCUACGACAGCGGGGUCGUGUAAAUUUGCUAGCGAUGAUGUCGCUGAGCAGCUUCUCCGAGGACAAGAGUUGGUGGAUCUGUUGUGGAAGAUACCACCGCGUAUUCCUGUUGAUGAUGUGCGUCGAUUAUUGCAGGCUUCGGUUAAGAAAUCAUCUUUGGCCAUGAGUGAUGAGAGGGAAUCGCUCGAUAAGCUCCAAAAUCUAUCAGACUGUGAGCAGAAAUGGCAACUUUUGCGACUCCCCGUGGACCCUCAUGUUAAAAUGAGCGGUAUCGAUUAUCAGAAACUUGAGGUGAAGCGAAGUGCAGAGGCACCCAUGAUCAUCACGUGUAUUGGCGUUGAUCGCAAUGAAGAGGAAGAUGAAGAUGCAGCAGGUAGUAGUACAGAGUCCCAACGAAACACAUGGAGCCGCCGCACACAAAAAUUACCGCAUUAUCGACUUAUGUACAAGCGAGACGAUUUGCGAAAGGACUCAAUUGUGCAAAACAUUAUCAACGUCAUGUAUUUGAUACUAAAGCAAGAGACGAGGCUAGAUAUUCCACUAGUGACGUAUCGUGUACUUCCAACAAGUAGCUUUGAUGGUCUCAUUGAGAUUGUUGAAAAUGCUCAUACGUUGUACGCUAUCAUUCGUGACCAUGGUACUAUCAUGAACUUUCUACAUCAUUACAAUGGCCAUCGUACCCUGAGCGACAUUUCGUCGUCAUUCCGGGAGAGUUUGGCGGCAUAUACAGUAAUAACAUUUUUAUUAGGCGUAGGAGAUCGCCACGCGGAUAAUGUGAUGCUGACAAAAGAUGGUAUUCUCUUUCAUAUUGACUAUGGCUUUAUUCUCGGAAAGGAUCCAAAACCAUUGCAGCCUCCGAUGCGAUUGGAUCAUUACAUGAUUGAGGCGCUCGGUGGCACACAGACACAGCAAUUUGAGCAAUUUAAGCAGCUUUGUGUAAUUGCAUUUAAUUGUUUAAGGCGGCACGUGAGUCUGUUCAUGAUCAUGUUGACAUUGGUGGUCAAGGCAUUGCCAGAGAUUACCGAUUUUGGUGUAAACUACACUCAGACCGACCUCGAAGCCUUUGUCAUCGAACGUUUUUUACCUGGUCAGUCGGAUGACGAAGCUGCGACUGCUUUGAUGUUGAGAAUGGAAGGCAAACUUAACGAACGCAUUGGCUUGAAGUUAAGUGAUUUCGUUCAUGCACAUUCGAAUGAAAAGACUGUAUCAAAAGGCAUGACUUCUGUUGGAUCUUCUGUCAAGAUUGGUGUGGAAGCUGUCGAAGCAACUGUUUCCACGGUCGCAAGUUCUUUGACUAGUGGAGCCUCGUCGAUUUACAAGUUCAUGUGGGGUGGACCGCAACGAUAA